AUGGCUCAUCCUGUAAAUUAUUUGUCUGCAAAGUCUGUGGGGGUAGAGUCAGCUGCUGCAGUGCACAGUGACACAACUACUAGGCCUCAAUACAAUGAGGAAAGAAAAGAAGAAACCAGCUCACGUCCUUACAAGAAUGAGAGGUUGAAAAAACGUACAAGAAAGGCCUUUGGAAUACGGAAGAAAGAGAAGGACACUGAUUCCACGGGAUCACCAGACAGGGAUGGAACUCCACCCAGCCCUCAUCCUCAUGAGCCACCCUCCAAUAGCAAACCAGAGUGUGCACAGGAAGGAGGAAAAACUGUUUCGAAGAGAACAAAUGGUGCUCCAAAUGGUUUUUAUUCAGAGAUUGACUGGGAAAGAUAUAAUUCACCUGAGCUUGAUGAAGAAGGCUACAGCAUCAGACCAGAAGAACCAGGCUCUACCAAAGGAAAGCACUUUUAUUCCUCAAGUGAAUCCGAAGAAGAAGAGGAAGCACACAAGAAAUUCAACAUUAAGAUUAAGCCCUUACAGUCUAAAGACAUUCUUAAGAGUGCAGCAACCGUGGAUGAACUGAAAGCUUCUAUAGGCAAUAUUGCACUUUCUCCAUCUCCAGUGAGGAAAAGUCCGAGGCGCAGUCCGGGUACAAUUAAAAGGAAUUUAUCCAGUGAGGAGAUAGCAAGACCCAGACGUUCAACACCAACUCCAGAACUUCUAAGCAAAAAAGCCCCUGAAGACCCUGCAGUCUUAGCACCAUUGUUUGGCCCACCACUAGAGUCUGCAUUUGAGGAGCAGAAGUUGGAAGCUCCCAUAGAUCAACCUGAGGUAUGGGGUUCGGUACAACCAGCAAAUUCAAGUGUAGAAUCUCCAAAUCCACCACGACCUUUUCCUGAUGGAACACCUCCACCACUUCCUCCUAAAAAUGUUCCAGCUACACCUCCCCGCACUGGUUCUCCUUUAACAGUUGGAGUAGGAAAUGACCAGACAGCAACAGAGGUCAAAAGUGACAAACUACCAUCAAUCAAUGACUUGGACAGCAUUUUUGGCCCAGUAUUAUCCCCCAAGUCUGUUGCUCCUAACGUGGAUGAUAAGGAUAAAUGGAUCAGUUUUUCUGAUCCAUCCCCGGAAAACGUAACUCCAGAGGUGACUUCAAGGGAAAAAGUGGUGUCCCCACCAGUGGCAUCAGAAACUCCAGAUGAGCCUCCAGAGGCCGAAACCUCUCACAGUGUUCCAUCUCCACUCAAUUUAGAAGAGGUUCAGAAGAAAGUUUCUGAGCAGACCCACGUUAAAGAUGAUAACUUAGCAUCAGCAGCAUCUCCUAAAGAUUUUGGGGUGGGACAGAGAGCAACACCACCUCCCCCUCCACCACCUACCUACAGAACAGUGGUGUCAUCACCUGGACCCAGCUCUGGCGGUGGCACAGGAAGCACCAGUGGGUCGUCAUCUCCUGCUCGCCCUGCAACCCCACUGGCAGCCAGCAGCAGCACCACUCCCCCACCUCCUCCACCUAGACCCCCAUCUCGUCCAAAAUUGCCUCCAGGAAAGCCCGGAGUUGGUGAUGUGUCCAGACCUUUUAGCCCACCGAUUCACUCUUCCAGUCCUCCUCCAAUAGCACCUUUAGCUCGUGCUGAAAGCACCUCUUCCAUUUCGUCCACCAACUCCUUGAGUGCAGCCACUACUCCCACAAUUGAGAAUGAACAGCCUUCCCUCGUCUGGUUUGACAGAGGAAAGUUUUAUUUGACUUUUGAAGGCUCUUCCAGAGGACCCAGCCCCUUAACAAUGGGUGCACAAGACACUCUGCCUGUAGCUGCAGCUUUCACGGAAACUGUUAAUGCAUACUUCAAAGGAGCAGACCCUAACAAAUGCAUCGUGAAGAUAACAGGAGAAAUGGUGCUGUCAUUUCCAGCAGGAAUUACAAGACAUUUUGCCAAUAAUCCUGCCCCAGCUGUUCUAACAUUCCGUGUGACAAAUUACAACAGGUUAGAACACGUCUUGCCAAAUCCCCAACUUCUCUGCUGUGACAGUACGCAAGCUGAUGCCAACACAAAGGAAUUCUGGGUAAACAUGCCAAAUCUGAUGACUCACUUAAAAAAAGUGUCUGAACAGAAACCCCAAGCAACAUAUUACAAUGUGGAUAUGCUAAAAUAUCAGGUAUCAGCCCAGGGUAUUCAAUCUACUCCAUUAAACCUGGCAGUGAACUGGCGGUGUGAGCCUACAAGCACUGAUCUGCGCAUUGACUACAAAUAUAAUCUAGAGGCAAUGACUACACCAGUCGCUUUAAACAACGUGCAGUUCCUUGUUCCCAUAGAUGGAGGAGUCACAAAACUUCAAGCUGUGCUUCCGCCUGCUAUUUGGAAUGCUGAGCAGCAAAGGAUAUUGUGGAGGAUUCCUGAUAUUUCACAAAAAUCUGAAAAUGGAGGCGUGGGUUCUUUGCUGGCAAGAUUCCAGUUAUCUGAGGGACCAAGCAAACCUUCCCCCCUGGUUGUACAGUUCACCAGUGAAGGGAGCACUCUAUCCAGCUGUGAUAUUGAACUUGUUGGAGCCGGGUAUCGAUUUUCACUUAUUAAGAAGAGGUUUGCAGCAGGAAAAUACCUGGCAGAUAACUAA